AUGGGUGAGUGGAAAAGGCAUAGAAUUCUCAUGGUCUCUGAUUUUUUCUAUCCCAACUUUGGUGGUGUGGAGAAUCACAUCUAUUAUCUCUCACAAUGCCUUCUCAAGCUUGGUCACAAGGUGGUGGUAAUGACUCAUGCCUACAACAAUCGUUCUGGGGUGAGAUACAUGACAGGCGGGUUGAAAGUGUAUUAUGUACCAUGGAAACCGUUUCUUAUGCAGAAUACUUUUCCAACCUUUUAUGGGACACUUCCAAUAGUAAGGACUAUCCUUAUUCGAGAGAAAAUAUCCCUGGUACAUGGACAUCAAGCUUUCUCAACUCUUUGCCAUGAGGCUUUGAUGCAUGCACGCACAAUGGGGUACAAGGUCGUAUUUACUGAUCAUUCACUCUAUGGUUUUGCUGAUGCGGGAAGUAUACACAUGAACAAGGUAUUGCAAUUUACAUUGGCAGAAGUAAGUCAGGCCAUUUGUGUUUCUCAUACAAGCAAGGAAAACACGGUGCUACGGUCAGGUUUGCCACCAGAAAAGGUCUUUGUGAUACCAAAUGCUGUUGACACAGCUAUGUUCAAGCCCGCACCAGAGCGCCUGAGUAGUCAUGAAAUUGUAAUUGUUGUUAUAAGUAGAUUGGUUUACCGAAAGGGUGCAGAUCUUCUCGUUGAAGUCAUUCCAGAAGUAUGCCGUUUAUACCCCAAUGUUCGUUUCAUUGUUGGAGGAGAUGGACCGAAACGUGUGCGGUUGGAAGAGAUGAGGGAAAAACAUUCUCUUCAAGAUCGAGUUGAGAUGUUAGGUGCCGUGCAACACUCUCAAGUACGAUCUGUCCUAAUUACUGGCCAUAUAUUCUUAAACAGUUCUUUAACAGAAGCUUUUUGCAUAGCGAUCUUAGAGGCUGCUAGUUGUGGAUUAUUAACAGUCAGUACACGUGUAGGAGGUGUCCCGGAGGUACUACCAGAUGACAUGAUUGUACUUGCAAAACCAGAUCCUAGUGAUAUGGUUCAAGCAAUAAAGAAGGCAAUAUCUAUACUUCCCAAAAUCGACCCACAAGAAAUGCACAAUCGUAUGAAGGAGCUGUACAAUUGGCAUGAUGUGGCGAAACGGACAGAAAUUGUUUAUGAUCGUGCUCUGAAAUGCUCAAAUCAAAAUCUUUUACAACGACUCUCACGAUACCUCUCAUGUGGAGCUUGGGCGGGAAAGCUUUUUUGCUUGGUUAUGAUCAUUGACUUUCUGUUAUGGCACCUGUUGCAACUAUGGAAGCCUGCAGAGGAUAUUGAAGAAGUGCCCGAUUUCGUUCUAUCCCAUGAUCAAGAUGAAGGGAUCUCGCAGGACAAUGAGAACCAAAGCUUGAGAUGA